AAAAACCCUUGUGUGUCUUUUAUUGAACACAGUUCACGAGAGACUGAAUGGAGCUUUUAUGCACAUGAAUUUUUUUAAUCACAUUUCUCCCAACACUGGAUGUUUAUUGUUUAAAUAUUGUUCAGAUUACUGGAUUUUACAAAUUCCGGCUGCUAUUGGUGGAGUUGAUCGCAUUUUGUCAGGAUGUCUCGUGUCUCGGACCCGUUACCGAAAACACGACAGGAAAGAAUGAAAGACACGAAUCUAAAGAACAAAGAGAAGGAGCGCCUGAAGGCGCGGGAGAAAGAGACAAAAGAGCGUGAGGCACGUUACAGUAACGGUCACCUGUUCACCUCGCUCACGGUGUCUGCCACCACCCUCUGCUCCGCCUGCAACAAGAGCAUCACUGCAAAAGAAGCCCUCAGCUGCCCAACAUGCAAUGUGACCAUUCACAAUCGCUGCCGAGACGCGCUGGCCAACUGCGCCAAAAUGAAGCAGAAGCAACAGAGGCUGGCGCUCGUCAGGAAUACAGCAACUUUACAUAACGUGACCCUUCGCAGCAAAAAUCCGAUAAAGAAGGAGCGUCCAAGUUCAGCCAUCUACCCAUCAGAGACGCUGAGACAGUCUCUUCUUGGCUCUCGUAAAGGACGCUCCACCCUGUCCCUGAACAAAAGCGUCUCCACCAAUAACAUCGCAGGAAGUCUGAAUGACGACUCUCCACUGGGACUGCGGCGGAUUCUGUCUCACUCCACAGACUCUCUGAACUUCAGAAACAGAGCCAUGUCCAUGGAGUCCCUCAAUGAUGAAGGAGAGAUGUAUUACACAUCAAUGUUGGAGGAGUUGGAGAAGGACGGGAAGGAUUUUGAAGCAGAUUCCUGGAGUCUGGCUGUGGACUCGUCUUAUCUGCAGUCUCAACGUAAAGACGUCAUCAAGAGACAAGACGUCAUAUAUGAACUUAUUCAGACAGAGCUGAAUCACGUGAGGACACUGCGCAUCAUGGAGGGGGUGUUUCGCAGAGGGAUGCUGGAGGAGGUGUUGUUGGAGAUGGGUGUAGUUCACGCCAUUUUUCCCUGCUUAGAUCAGCUGCUGUCCAUUCACUCGCGCUUCCUGAGUCAGCUGCUGCUGAGAAAGAACCACAGCCUCGCGCCCGGCAGCACCCGAAACUUCACCAUCCAACAACUGGGUGAUAUACUGGUAGAGCAGUUCUCAGGUCAGAACGCAGAGGAGAUGAGGAAGUGUUAUGUUGAAUUCUGCAGUCGACACCUGAAAGCUGUGAAACUCUAUAAAGAGCUGUUGGCACGAGACAAAAGAUUUCAGCAGUUCAUACGGCGCGUGAGCAGAGGUUCUUUACUCCGUCGCCAUGGUGUCCAAGAGUGCAUUUUACUGGUCACUCAGCGUAUCACUAAAUACCCCGUGCUCAUCCAGCGCAUACUUGACAACACUAAAGGAAGUGAAGAGGAGAGUAAGUGUCUGGUUCAGUCUCUGGCUCUGAUCCGGGAGCUGCUGCGCUCAGUGGAUCAGCAGGUUCAGGAGUUGGAGCGAGCGCAGCGGCUGCAGGAAAUCCAGUCUCGUUUGGACCCACGGGCUGAGACGGAGGUUAAGGGUGGAGGAGUAUUUCGUGGAGGAGAGCUGCUGCGCAGGGGACUCGUUCACGAGGGAACACUGCUGUGGAAGACUGCGCAAUCCAGACUCAAAGAUGUGCAGGUUUUGCUGAUGACAGACAUCAUGGUGUUCAUGCAAGAAAAAGACCAGAAAUAUAUUUUUCCAUGUCUGGACAAACCAGCAGUGCUGUGCCUUCAGAAUUUGAUCGUAAGGGACAUAGCCAAUCAGGAGCGAGGGAUGUUCCUCAUCAGUCACUCCACGCCUCCAGAGAUGUACGAGCUCCACGCCGCCUCCAAAGAGGACAGAAGCACCUGGAUGAAGAUCAUUCAGCAGACAGUGAGCAACUGUCCUUCACGAGAGGAUUUUCCUCUGAUUGAGACUGAGGACAAAGCUUUGCUACGCAGACUCAGAGCUGACAUCCAGCAGAAGGAUCGUGAGGUCCUGGAGCUGUUACAGGAGCGCGUCACAUUGUUCUCUGAUCUGGCAGAGGUCACCAGAGGUCAAAAUGUUUCUCUUCCCACAAACUCCAGGAAUAUAUUCCGAGCAGAUACGCCAUAUGCUCCCCAGGCUGAACGGCUGCUGACUGAUGCCAUUGCUGAGGUGGACAGACUGAGUGAAGUGCUAUUGGGCUCCGGCAUUGAUCGUCCACAGACAUGCAGGUUAAAUGGACAGCAGAAGCAGACAGAGGCCCAGUUCACCUCCAAAACAACAGAUGAAGGAACAAUAUCGGUUAACGGCACUCAUGAUAUAAACAGUCAGUCACACAAGGACAGGAACGGGAACCAGCUGCUGGACAAGACUUUAAAUGAGGAGGUGUGCCAAAGGCUGGUGAACCUCAGCACUCAAUUACACACUCUGCAGGCUGCAGUAGUGAGGCAGGACUCAUUCCUGGAGCUGUACAUGCAGGAGGAUACAGCAGCUGUGCAGGAGGCACAGGGCACACAAGGUGAUCUGACAGAGUUGCAGCACAAUUACAACCUGCUGCAGGAGGAAGUGAUGCACCUGCGGGCCUCCCAGGACAAGCACAAGAGCGGCGACAGAACGCAAAUUCAGCUGCAAAAACAUCUGCAAGAGCUGCGACUUCAGGACACUAUGGACGGCAGAGACACACGUGACCUGUUGACCUCCCAGAAGACAGCAUGUCAGGAGGACUGCGAGACAGCUGACGGUCCUAGAGAUCUGCAGGAUAUUCCAGAGGAGAGCGAGUGUGUGACUGAAGCUCACAGUUAACAGCAACUCGACCUGAAGAGCUUCACCAAAACCAGACAAACUCACCUCAUCAAACCACUUAUCACUUAUUCUGUAGAAUAAUCUUAUUACAUUUUAUAUGAAUGUAGUUUUUGAGAAUUUUUACAAAUGUGCUGUCUGUUUUAUUUAAUUAAACAGCUUAUGGUGUAUUUCAUCUUUGAUAAAAGGACUGAAUAGAAGAAGGUAGAAAUGAAGUACAAAUUAGAUGAUAUUCUGUGCUCAUUCUGACUUCUGUAGAAGUGUGUUUUUGAAUCUCAUCUGUAGACUGUCAAUGUAGCUGUAUUUAUUGUUUAUUGUCCAAAAUGAGCUGUCAUAAUGCUGGGGGAUGUAUACUACAUACUGUUCUUCUGCUGAAAUAGAUAAUGUUUGAUAUUGUGGUAAAGAUUAUGAAAUUUAGCACAUUAAAUUGUAAUUUGGGGGCGACUUGAAAAGGUCUUGGAAUGCAGUUCCACUGAAAGGAAUCAAACCAACACAAGUUAUCUCCAACAAUUAUAGGAGAACUGUUAAAAAACACAUAUUGAUGUUGAAAAUAGAAUGAAGUGGAAAAAUGAACACAUUCUUUACUGUUCACUUGAAAACCACUCUAAAAAAGGCUUUCUUUAAUGCUAUACUAUUUGUAUUCUUUGUUUCUAUGUAUAAACAUUUGUAUGUUGGAGGAGGAAAAAAAUCAGUUUAAACAGCUGUUAAACAAAUUUGUUUAUAUAUUGCAUUUUUUACAAUGUGUUUUUUUUAAUCAUUGUACUGUGUUUAAAUAUAUUGUGGGAAUCA